UUGUUUGUUUGUUUUUUGAAAUUCCAAAAUUUUAGGUGCCCAUACUUUACUGUCUUCUUUCUUCCUCCCUCCCGCCCUAUGUACAUUGAUUUCUGAGAUUGCCUGAUGCAUUCUCAGAACUUUGAGUUUUUUGUUUCCUCUGAUUUGAUUUGAAUGAAUGCCAACACCAAUAAUGCAGAAAUUUUUUAAUCAAGUAAGACUUGAUUAAAUGUUUUGUUAGACCAAAAGCAAGUACUGCUUUUGUUAUGGGGAGAUUUUUCUCUUGUUAAUUUCAGUUUGUUUGUUUUGUAAAUCAUAAAACGGAUCAUAGUUUUGUGUGGAGUUAAUUGAAUUGGGAGCAGAUUUUAAUUAAUGAAACUUGUAUUCAACUGGAAAAUGGAUGUUGUGGUUCAUUGUUAGCUGUGUACCUUCAGGAAAGUAACUCUCUCAAACUUGAUUUUGUUACAAAUCUUGAACUUGAAAUAAGCAGUCUUAAGUUUAUACCAGCCCUGUCUUGUGAUUCACAUUUAUGAUAUAGGUGGUUUUUAUUUCAACAGGUGCACAAGUAAAGGGUAGAAUAUUUUUAUGAAACACAUCUUCAAUCAAGUGUAACGUUUGAUGCUUGGCAUCUAGGCUCCUUGUGCUGCCACUAUGCCAGCAGCAACUGUAGAUCAUAGCCAAAGAAUUUGUGAAGUUUGGGCUUGUAACCUGGAUGAAGAGAUGAAGAAAAUUCGUCAAGUUAUCCGAAAAUAUAAUUAUGUUGCUAUGGACACCGAGUUUCCAGGUGUUGUUGCAAGGCCCAUUGGAGAAUUCAGGAGCAAUGCUGACUAUCAAUACCAACUAUUGCGAUGUAAUGUAGACUUGUUAAAAAUAAUUCAGCUAGGACUGACAUUCAUGAAUGAGCAAGGAGAAUACCCUCCAGGAACUUCAACUUGGCAGUUUAAUUUUAAAUUUAAUUUGACGGAGGACAUGUAUGCUCAGGACUCUAUAGAGCUACUAACAACAUCUGGUAUCCAGUUUAAAAAACACGAGGAGGAAGGAAUUGAGACCCAAUACUUUGCAGAGCUGCUUAUGACUUCAGGAGUGGUUCUUUGUGAAGGGGUCAAAUGGUUAUCAUUUCAUAGUGGUUAUGACUUUGGCUAUUUAAUCAAAAUCCUGACCAACUCUAACUUGCCUGAAGAAGAACUUGAUUUCUUUGAGAUCCUUCGAUUAUUUUUUCCUGUAAUUUAUGAUGUGAAGUACCUCAUGAAGAGCUGCAAAAAUCUCAAAGGUGGAUUGCAGGAAGUUGCUGAACAGUUAGAGUUGGAACGGAUAGGACCUCAACACCAAGCGGGAUCUGAUUCACUGCUUACAGGAAUGGCCUUUUUCAAAAUGAGAGAAAUGUUCUUUGAAGAUCAUAUUGAUGAUGCCAAAUACUGUGGUCAUUUAUAUGGCCUUGGUUCUGGUUCAUCCUAUGUACAGAACGGCACGGGGAAUGCAUAUGAAGAGGAAGCCAACAAGCAGUCAUGACAUAAAAUAGUCUUUUUAUUUUUAUUUUAUACGAGUUACACACAUGCUUGUACAUAGGUUUUAUCUCUGGUUGAAACCCUUAAAUGAUAGGCAAUACCUCCCCCCUCCUUUUGUAGCCCUUAUUUUCUGCUUUCAGUACUAAGUAUGGCCUUUCCUAGCUGUGAUCUUAAUAAAUAAAAGUACAUUCAGGUUAAAUCUGGCCUUAAUUUAAUACACUUCUUAUCAAGCUUGUGUGACAAAGCUACAUUAUUGAAUAAUUUGAUAAACUUUGCCUACUUGAGCUUGGUUUUGUUUUCCCUUUUCAUAAAUUAACUAGCAUUGACUGUAAUUUAUUUCCCUGUUUCAUGCCUCUCCUAUUCUGCAGUACUUAUAGGUGUUUAAGGUUGUGGACCAUCAAGUUUGCACUUUAGAGAGUGAUUCCAAUCCUCUUAUUUUAUCAGAAAUUGUGGAUUUUCUCGCUCUUAGCUGGAAAAAUGACCAUCUGCCACCUUUUUACAGUAUUUGCUUGUUUUUGACAUUCAGAGUACAGCACAUGUAUUGUGUGAGUUGUUGAUUCAACAGGACUAACAAAAAGACAAGGAACUACUGAAGAGCCUGGGAACUCCUGUUUCUGUGUGGUGUUUAACCUUCCAAGCACAUCUCGGGUCUCUUGGUUUCGAACUGACUGCAUAGGCUGCUCUGUGACUGAAGACUUUGAGACCGGCUUUACACCCUUCAGGAAGAAGCCCUGUGAUUGGACUUUACUAUUUGCCAGAAGACUGCCGUUCAAGAUGUUGGAGCUACAGUCGUAUUUCAUGACAGCUGUGCUUCUCUUGGUCGGCUUCCUUUUACUCCAUCACUUUUACCCUUACUGUUUUAUUUUAUAGGCAUAUUUAUGAUGUUCUUGAUUUGUUGACUACACAAAUCAAUUUCACUAAAGUCCAAAGAUAAGAAGUCUUUAGGUACAUUUUAUAUCAAAUUUAAAAAGCAAAAAAAUGUGAUUUCAUACAUGCUACAAAAUAAGUAAUAGAGAGAUUUGGUGCAAAACAACAAAAUGCAAAAUAUAUGUAUAAAUACACACACACACACACAUAUAUAGCUAAUAAAAUUCCCUGAGGAGUGUAAUGCUUGUUUAUUUUUUUGUGUAUAUCUUUGCAAUCUAUUUUAUAUAUAUAUUGACAAGAGACUGUGAAAUAUUUAGCCAUGCAGACUAUGUGACCAGACCAGAGCAUGUGUUGGAAGAUUUUGGUGAUCAUUAACUCUACCCUGAAGUGAUGGACUACAAGUUGUAAUGUGUGUUAGCUACACUUCAAUCAAUAUCAGCAAGUCUCCAAUGUUAGCAGCAUAGCUCGUUUCCCUUGGACAUUCAUGAUACUAAAAUGCUGUAACUGGGCGGUCCUUUUUAAACUAAACAUUAUUUGCAAAACAGAGGGUAUUAUUUGUUUUUAAAGCUUUUGUAAAUAAAGGCUCCAGAAAUGUUUUCUUAUA